CCGUUCCUCGCGAAGAUGACAUCCCGCCUGCGCGGCCCUUCGGCGGUGAAGGAUACGCCGAGGGCCACCUCGUUCGCCAAGGAUCAUUUCCAUCUAAGCGAGCCGGAAGUACACUCCAGCCGGUCGUGUAAGAACGGCGGGCGCGGCAAUCGUUAUCAUUUCGGCAUGUCAAAGCAGAAUGACAGCAAGAUAGAGCGGAACGGACGGGAAUAUAAUAAGAAUGUUGAGACGGAAGACAACAAUGCCGACCUGUCGCACAAGAAGAGCAGACAGCACUUCGGUUUCUGGGACGUCGUUCAGGACGACGCGAGAAAAUCGAAGAAGCAGGAUCUCGAGGACACGCAGCUGACAAAUGGGAAAUUUCGGAGCGAGCCCGUGGGUGCGAAGCUGGAUAAAUCGCACGAUCGUCCGGAGUAUCGGGACGAAGGAUACGUAGGAUCCUUGCCGAGGGAGGGCCGACAAAGAGGCGAGUCUGUCGAGAGAGAGCUCAACGGCUCUCAUAAAUCGAGAAUAAAAGAGUCCUGGGAGGAGGAAGUGGAGUCGAGGAAUCGAGGGAGGAGAUCCAAGAUUAGCAGGAACAACGAUAGCAACAACGAGUCGACGCAACCCGUCGACGAAAGGGAUAUAUUGCUUAAGGAAAUCGAAAACUUAGCUACCGAUGGCAGUCAGUCGCCGGACCGUAGGAUCCAGGCGAUGAUAGAGCGAUUGAAAUCGCGCGAGGAGAGCAAGCUACGGUCCAAGAGGGAGCAGAGAUCGGCAAGUCCUGAAAAGGAAGCGCACGGCACGACGAAAAGCGAUUGCAGGAGCGACUUAAGAUCGCCGAUCAUCGAUCAUCCGCUCGAUAAUCUAUCUAACGAUCAAGGUAGGAAAUUGAAAGACGGCAGCGACGAGCCACGCAGAUCGAGCGAAUCCAAGCUGCGUGGAAAACCCGAUCGAGAAGUGGACAUGGGCCGGCGCGAUCGCUCUACCGAUCGAAAAUCGAGAAGCACGGAAAGGCGGAACGAGACUCGCGAGCCUCGAAGAGACGACAGUUUCCGAAAGACGAGCGACGCCUAUAACACCGAGAGAAAUUACCGGGGAAGAUCGACAGAGGACGAGGAAAAUCAUUCUCGAUCGAGAGACAAUUCUUCAAAGAGGAGGAGUUACACUUAUGAAGGUUCGCCGGAGGACUUCGACGUCAGGAUACAGAGGUACGAUCGAGCUGUUCUCGAGCCCAGGAGAGACCUGGACAGGAGUUCGCCGAGGCGAAGUUCGCCAAGACGAAGUUCGUCCAGGGAACCAAGUCUCGCCAGGAAAGAAUCUUUAAAGGAAUACGAUCGAGAACCGAUAACCAAGAAAAAUUCCUUCAAAGCUGAAUCUAAGAGGGCGACUAGCAAAGAUCGCGGUGAGUCUAAUUUAAUCAGAAAAACAUCCUUUAAAGAUCGGGAUAAUGACGCGUAUAAGAGGCACCUUUCGAAAAAUCAACACGAAACCUCCGUCAGAUAUUUCGGCAAGGAUCAAGAGGAUCUGUCAGGCAAGGAUCCUUACAAAGACGUAAACGCGGAUAUAAAUAGAAAGAGUUUUUUCAAGGUACGAGACAAUGAAUUCGACAGAACUUUUCUGAAAGAUCAGAAUGACAACGCGGAGAGAAAAGUCUCGGCCAUGGAACAGGCAGGAGGCGUCAGUAGAAUUGUCCUAAGAAACGUCGAUGACGAGUCGAGUAAAACCAGCUCGUUUAAGAACGUAAAUGAAAAUUUCGGGAAGAACUCGUUUAAGGAAAAGAAUGCCGAGUCCGGCGAGAUUUCAUACAAGGAUCGCGAAAGUAAUAUAGAAAGGAGGAGAAACAGCUUCAAGGAUGAUGACAAGGAAUUCGGGCGAACGUUAUAUCACGAUUACGAGAACAAUAUCGACAGGAAAACUGCAAACGAUCGGUAUAUCGAAUUCGGCAAGGUAUCCUUCAAGACGCAAGACGAUGAACUACGCGUGUCGAGUCCUUUGAAGGAAGAGGACAACGAAGCGACAGUCGGAACAAAUUCCCUGAAAGAGCACGACACUUCCUCGAGGAGACGAGCGUCAUUGCGAAGCAGAGAUCGCGAGGUCCUUGAGAAGAAAUCGGACAGACACUUGAGAGCAUUGUCGCCGCUGAAGAAAGACGAGCUAGAAAGUAACGCCAAGGAUUCGAAAAACUUCUGCGCCAAGUCCUGGUACGAGAGUAAUCGGAUGUUUUCCGCCAAGUAUCUGCGGGAUCAUAGCAAGCUGCGGAGUACUCCGGACGGACGACUCGAGGUUUCGCCCGAGCGAGGAUACUCGAUCCUGCAAGACACGCGGGGCAGCACGGUUGAGCCAUCCGCGAACGAUCCCGAGGAGAAUCGCUUCGAGACGCGCGGCAAGAUUGACUCGGGCGACAGCGAGUCGCCGCGAUUUUCCUCGACUCGCGAUCGCAACGGUACCACAAUCAUCAGGAUACGAUCGUCGGAGGAUACCGGCAGCGCGACAGAGAGGCGCCGUCGACGUCGUCCCGCGCAGGAAGUAUGCGCGGUGAGGCGCAGAAAGUACGAGGACGACGACGAGGACAGCGACGAGGACGAAGAAGAGGAUCGUUGGCGGAGGACCCGAAGGGAUGGCGGAAUUCAGCCGGGGAGAGGCGGCGGCGGCGGCGACGCCGGCGGCGCGACGCCCUCGAGAACGCUCUGGAACUACCGCGAAGGGGGCGUCCUCAUCACGGACGUGGAAGAAGGGCAACCCUGUUUACAGUGUGGAGAAACGUGCUCCGGAUUUUCACCGCAUACUUGGAGAAAGAACUGCACUAGCUGCAAGUGUCCACGCGAGGCCCACGAUGUCUGCCACGAAGAAUGGGUGUCCGUCAGAUCUCGUUUGGGACUUAAGGGCGACGAGUCGAACGGUCCUAUCGGCGUGGAUCCCAGAGAAAGAGGCCUCGCCUGGGCACCUCCCGGACUUCCAUCGCACAAGGUGGAAGAGUAUUUCUCGAUGCUACCGGAAAUCGCUGUACCAAGACUCGGCACGCCCGGCGAACGGCACAGAGAUCGUCAAUUGGCGAUCCAGUUACCCAAACAGGAUCUAGCAAGAGCCUAUUGUCGUCACUUGGAUCCCAAACAUGCCAGUAGCGCCGAUGACUUUAUGGCCGCCAGAAAUGAGAUUGCCCUGGACAUUGGUAGCGUGCAGGAAGUUCUCGAGAGAGAUCUCGAGUGCGGCGUGUGCGAAUCGUCCCUGAAAUACGGCAGCCUCGCUGUGUCAGCCAGUAAACUGGGUCUCCUCUAUCAUCCGACGUGCUUCAGAUGCGCGGAUUGCAAAGAACUUCUGGUCGAUCUCGCUUAUUGCGUGCACGACGACAUGCUUUUUUGCGAGAGGCAUUAUGCGGAACAACUUAAACCGAGAUGCGCAGCGUGCGACGAGUUGAUUUUCAGUGGCGAGUACACAAAGGCGAUGAACAAGGACUGGCACAGCGGCCACUUCUGUUGCUGGCAGUGUGACGAAUCCCUGACAGGACAGCGCUACGUUCUCAGAGACGAGCAUCCUUACUGCAUUAAGUGCUACGAAAGCGUUUUCGCCAAUGGCUGCGAGGAAUGCAACAAAAUCAUCGGCAUCGACUCCAAGGAUCUGUCGUACAAGGAUAAGCACUGGCAUGAGGCCUGCUUCCUCUGCAACAGGUGCAGAGUGUCCUUGGUGGACAAACAGUUCGGUAGCAAGGUGGACAAGAUCUACUGCGGCAACUGCUACGACGCCCAAUUUGCCAGUCGUUGCGAUGGAUGCGGCGAGAUCUUCCGUGCCGGCACCAAGAAGAUGGAAUACAAGACCAGACAAUGGCACGAGAAGUGCUUCUGUUGCGUGGUCUGCAAGAAUCCGAUCGGCACGAAGAGCUUCAUCCCGCGCGAGCAGGAGAUUUACUGUGCCGGAUGUUACGAGGACAAGUUCGCCACCCGGUGUGUUAAGUGCAACAAGAUCAUCACCAGCGGCGGCGUGACAUACAAGAACGAGCCGUGGCACAGAGAUUGCUUCACCUGCAGCAACUGCAACAACUCCCUGGCGGGACAACGAUUCACAUCGCGCGACGACAAACCGUACUGCGCCGACUGCUUCGGCGAGCUCUUCGCCAAGAGGUGCACCGCUUGCUCCAAGCCAAUCACCGGUAUUGGUGGCACUCGCUUCAUCUCAUUCGAGGACAGGCACUGGCAUAAUGAUUGCUUCAUCUGCGCGGGCUGCAAAACUUCGCUGGUCGGACGUGGCUUCAUCACCGACGGCGACGACAUCAUCUGCCCCGAGUGCGCCAAGAUGAAGCUGAUGUAAAGCGCGCGGCUUCACGACGACGAGAUUGACACCGGGAUCGACAGGAGAGGAGCGGGAGGGGGAGAAAGGACGAGGAACAAGACGCAGAUUCCGAUGCGGAAUCCAUAUAGUCAAGCGGAUUCUGUUGCACGCCAUAACAAUACCGUCGUCGCGAUCCAACUGGCCGAACUUUGAAACACGCAGACGAUAGAGAACUUCGCGGAGCCACAUCGAGAGACGAGAGAUCACGGGGAGACGUAAUGAAAAUUAUAAAUUAAAAAAAAAGAAGCAGAACCUUCGCGUUUACGUCGCGAUGAUUUUUGUUACGAAUAACCGACAUGUUUUGACGAGAUUUUGCGCGCCGCUCUUUUUCUUCGGAGAAUGGCAAAAGCUCGAGAAUCCCCUGACCAAGUCCUCGUCUUGGUCAGCGCAGUGAUUUCGCGAUCGUCAAUUGAUCGUUCGGGAAGGGUGGCGGCGCGGGAAUUUCAUUUCUAGCUUCGUAGUCGUAGCGACAUUAGUCUAUUCGUUAUUUCGUUCUAUAAUACGUGUAUUUAUGAGGACACUGACGCGAAUCUGCCUGUGACCAUUCGACAUAAUCUGCCCGAUCAUCGCGUGAUAUCGGAUAUCGAAGAGUGAAAGAGCGGGAGAAAAGAAAAGAAAAAAGGGGAAUGCGCAAGCAGCGAGCUUGAUGAAGAGAAAUCAAAUCGCCUUACUGUAAUAAAACGAUCGUUGAUGCGGACACGUCGAUUAGGAUAACGAAUAAGCCUAAGCGCUCCGCGUGCUCUCGUGAUGUUACUAAUAUUAAUAACGUUUUCGCUUUGUACAAUGGUAGAAAGAUAAGCGCGCGUGUGCGCACAAAGAGAGUCCUACAUAUUAUUAUAUAUUCUUAUGAAGAACUAAAAAUUUUAUAUACGUAUAUGUAUGUAUAUAUACAUAUAUAUACAGCGAUGUUAUUUCUAUUCGACUCGCACUCGCGCGAAAAACGCGACGGUUCUAACACGUACACACCCACGCCACACACCGACACAAGUUUACCCGAUUGACACGUCGCUAUUUUUCCUUUUCUUGCCUUUUUCUUUUCAAGAACGACGUUGUUCAUCUCUCGUAUCUAAUAUUCGAAUAAUACCCCGGCUAUUAAUUUACGAACAGAACCGCGACAUGAAAACAAAUCGAUCUAUCAAUUUCUCGUUAUAACGUUUUCUAUAGACUGUCAAUACGUACAUUCGGAUUUCGAGAGAAAGUUACUUUAAUGUUGAAAGAAUGGGCAGAGUGGAAAUUUUUCUUUUUCUCAAAAGACCCAUCAGUUUCCGUACAUCUUACACGCGUAUCGUCAGUCGAAGCAGAAUACAAUAUGUACGUGUUUCGCUUUUUACGAUGUCCCGGCUCUCUUCUUUUCUCGAUCCUUUUCUCCCUUUCUCUCGUUCGUCGAGGGGAAUAGGCGCGCAACGUAGGGAUCCAUCGUCAUCCCGUGUGGAUCGCGCGCGAGCGCGCGCGCAUGCACGGAUACGUACACACGCACGCACACCUACAUACGACACACGCGUACACGAUACACACACGCGCGCGCACACACACAAAUACACGUACAUGCUGCGAACAUUUUUUGCAAUAACAUAUUCAAAGAGUUUUGUUGAAAAAGGAUAUAUGGCAAAGAAAAGGGACAAAGCUCGCAUUCACACAUAUGCACGCAUAUACACAACAUAUACAAGUAUACACUCGCAUAUAGGUAUACAUACAUGCGAACGAGUGUGCGGCGGACGCACACGGAAAUACUAAUUGUGGCCUUAUCCGCACCGAAUACCAUAGGAGUAAAAAAAAAAGGGAACUAACUUACAAUAAUUUACUUCGUUACGAGAUAUUUAAUAUCAAAUCUGUUGUUAUACAACGCGAACGAAGGUAAGUGUAACGCCGCGCGAACCGAGUCCACGAACACGGGAACUGCGAGACAAAUUCGAACCACGAACGUUUGAAUUGUUCGAUCGCAAUCAACAUAAGUCACACACGUGCUAUAAUAUAAUAUGUAUGUUAUCCGACGGAGUCACUUACACACACUAAUCGCCUUAAUUAGUAAACGAUAAAAAAAGAGAUUAUUCUAUAUUCAGCGUAUCCUAUACACUGUUACACUGUAAAAUUGAUAAAUAAAUAAAUGUAAUUAUUUA